UUUGGUUGAGCAGUGACUAUUUAAUUGGAACUAUUUUAAAAUUCAAUCUGAAGGUCGAUUUUGUCCGUAUUUACCCCAUUGUACGGUAAUAUAGUAAUUCAUAGUAUGAGUCUUUAACUCUAGGUAAUCUGCACACAUAGAAUUUGGAUUUUACACUCAGACACAUAGUCACACAAUAGUCUGUGGGUAAUGCGAAAGAAAAGGAGUGCUUGUGCUUGUCGUUUCGCAUUUCGCCGGCGCUCGUGCUAUAAAGUUGACAAAAUAUUCGUUUUUUUUAUUCUUUAUUGAUACUAAUGUGUUUAAUUACGAAUUUAAACGUUGUAACAACUGAUUUAAAAAAGUUAACAUAUUUAAUAAAACAAUAAACGGACUCGCUUAUUAAAAGACAAUUACCACGUGUGGAUAUUCUCAAGAGAAACAACUUUACCUGCUUUUCUAAUUACUUUGCCAGUAUUGGUAAAUCAAAUAAAAUCUGAUUUAGAGAAGAAAUAUAUCACGUACGAAAAAAAUGUCAUUAAAGACGGAAGGCGACCUCCGAGAUGGGUUAUCUGCUGAGGAUACCUUCGCUAACAGUGAAGGACUUACAUAUAACGAUUUCUUACUGCUGCCUGGAUAUAUAGAUUUUACAGCAGAAGAAGUCGAUUUGACAUCUCCACUCACUAAGAAAAUUCUGUUAAAAGCACCUCUAGUGUCUACUCCAAUGGACACAGUGACAGAAGCUGACAUGGCCAUAUCCAUGGCGCUUUGCGGUGGAAUUGGCAUUAUACACCACAACUGUACUCCAGAAUACCAAGCUAAUGAAGUUCACAAAGUGAAGAAGUAUAAGCAUGGAUUUAUUAGAGACCCCGUUUGCAUGGGUCCUGAGAACACAGUCGCUGAUGUCUUGGAAGCUAAGAAGAAGAACGGAUUCACUGGCUAUCCUAUCACUCAGAAUGGUAAACUUGGUGGACGUCUAAUUGGCAUUGUUACAUCUCGUGACAUUGAUUUUAGAGAAGGGGACCCACACCUAAGUUUGAAAGAAGUAAUGACUCCCAUAAAUGAUAUGAUUACUGCACAAUUGGGUGUCACUUUACAAGAUGCUAAUUACAUAUUAGAGAAGAGCAAAAAAGGAAAAUUACCAAUCAUUAAUAAUGAUGGUGAACUUGUUGCAUUGAUUGCUAGAACUGAUUUAAAGAAAGCGAGAAGUUAUCCAAAUGCAUCUAAAGAUUCCAACAAGCAAUUGUUAGUAGGGGCGGCAAUUGGGACUCGUGAUACAGACAGAGAACGGCUGAAGUUGCUUGUGAACAAUGGUGUAGAUGUGAUUGUCCUCGAUUCAUCUCAGGGAAAUUCAACCUACCAAAUCAAGAUGAUAAAAUACAUAAAGGAAACUUAUCCAGAAAUACAGGUAGUUGGUGGUAAUGUAGUGACAAGAAUGCAAGCUAAAAAUUUAAUUGACGCAGGAGUUGAUGCCUUGAGAGUCGGAAUGGGUAGUGGCUCUAUUUGUAUCACACAAGAAGUGAUGGCUUGUGGUUGUCCUCAAGCCACUGCAGUGUACCAAGUAGCUUCCUAUGCUCGUCAUUUUAAUGUACCAGUCAUUGCCGAUGGUGGAAUUCAGUCAGUUGGUCAUAUUAUUAAAUCAUUGGCCCUUGGGGCAUCGACUGUAAUGAUGGGAUCACUCCUUGCGGGGACAUCUGAGGCCCCUGGAGAAUACUUCUUCUCUGAUGGAGUUCGGCUCAAGAAAUACAGAGGAAUGGGAAGCUUAGAAGCUAUGGAAAGUAAAGAUGGUAAAGGAUCUGCUAUGAGUAGAUACUUCCACAAAGAAUCUGACAAACAUAGAGUUGCUCAGGGAGUUAGUGGUAGUAUUGUUGAUAAAGGUUCAGUACUAAGAUUCCUACCUUAUUUGCAAGCCGGCAUGCAACACAGUUGCCAAGAUCUUGGAGCUCGAUCUGUUAGUGUGUUGCGUGAAAUGAGUCAUUCUGGAGAUCUGAGAUUCAUGAAAAGGACUUACUCAGCCCAACUGGAAGGCAAUGUCCAUGGUCUGUUCUCUUAUGAGAAAAGAUUAUUUUAAGUGUCAAAAAUAUGUGAUAAGAUGAAAUACUGUUGAGCUCUAAUAAAACAAAUUGAAAGAUUUUGUAUGUAAAGAUUUCGAAAUUUUUAAUGUAUAUCUGUUAUAUAAUGAACAUAUUCCAUGGUUUUUUUGUAUGUAUUGUGUUUUACUUGAUAUAAAUAAUUACACACACUUUGUAUAUUUUAUGCAUUAAAUAUGUGGACAAAA